CUCCGAUAUCCAAACCACUAUAUCAACCAUGCUUCUCGCGCGCCCGCUCGCGCGCACGCCGCUGGCGCUCGACGUCGGUCUGCGCGCGCUCUCCGUCUCCUCGCCCGCGCCGAGCUUCGCCGAUCUCGCGCGCAUCACGUCCUCCCCGCCCUCGUCCUUCUCCGUCGCCCUGCCCCCCACGACGUCCGAGGCGCGCGGCUACGCGCCCGGCGCGAUGGCGCUGCGCGCCGACCCCGUCCUCGACCUCUUCACGAACAUGCUCAUGCGGCACGGCAAGAAGGCCGAGGCGCAGCGGCACGCCGCGUCCGUCCUGGCGAUGUUGCAGGCGGCGACGAACAGCCCGCCGCUCCCGCAGCUGCACCGCGCGAUCGAGCUCGCGAGCCCGUCCGUCAAGCUGCUGUCGAUGCGCAAGCGCGCGAAGACGAUCAUGACGCCGCGCGCGCUCAACGAGCGCCAGCGUACGCGGACCGGCAUCAAGUGGCUCCUUAAGGCGGCGGAGCGCGGGCGCAAGGGUGGCGUCAGGCGCGACGACCGCGUCGCGCGCGAGGUGCUCGCUGUCCUUGAUGGGAGUAGCGAUGUGUUCAAGCGUGUGGAGGAGGUGCACAAGAUUGCUAUGCUCCAGCGCUCCAACAUCAACGCGCGGUAACCGACCACUCCGAUAGAGACGAUGCAUACACUACAACAGCACAACACAACAUUUGGUAAGAUCAUGAUCGUGGGUGGUUAUUGAGGACGGGUUCACUUGUUG